AUGGCGUUGUCGGCCAUGGCAAAUACUGUAAUUGAGGUUCAGUUAGGAAGUGAAAGAUUGAGGGGAUUUUCUCUGUACAACAAAGGUGGGGUGGGGAGAUAUCGGGCUGCCAAGGUCUACCCUCUGCAACUCAUCCAAUUGGAUGAAAGUACUGGAUAUUCUGUAUCGACUCCCACCCUUGUAUAUCCCAGCAUCAAAGAGUUGAGCCAUCAAUUCGCUUCUUUUACCCCGCAACUCGUGGAGAGUGAGACGUCCGCAACACACCAAGACCCCAUCAAAUUGCUGUACUGCUUAAUGGCUGUUGGCCGAAAAUCAGCUGGGGCGUGGACGCAGUGGUGUGCACGGAGGGAGGGCCUCCAUGUCCUCACGAAGAGUGAAUUAUUAACCACUAAUCCAACCUAUGGCAGCGAACCACGCCCAGAAGUCUCUAAUUUAGAUCUACAGUCUGAAUUUUCGGCAAGCGAAGGUGUAGUGAAGGAAUUUUCAACAGCUAAUUGUGCCAAAGGUUGGUGGGCGCAAGAUGAUGUGUAUACCUGCAUUUUCCGCCAACGAAGGCGAGCUGGUGAGACCAUUUGGUUUCGUAUGAUCUGCGCUAAUGCACUGCAAACCAGAGUGUUUUAUUCGCCGAUCAGGAUCCCAAUCAAGAGGUCAGCUUCCCCCAAACUUCACCUAAGCCAAUCCGAAGCUAAAGUGGAGCAUUGGGUCAUUUUGGCUAUAGAAGCCAUACCCUCCUUACUCCCAUCCAAGACUCUUGCUCCCGCAGGAAUAGCUAUCUUCUUCACUUACUAUCUAUUAUGGAUAAUAUACACCCACUUAUUUCACCCCUACGACUCUACCCCCAGCCAUUCAUGGCCAGCAUCGCUAGCUGGCACCGUUGCACGCCCUCCACGAGAAACACGGCCCACUCCCCCGCAUAGAUCCAGACGAAGUUCAAAUCGCAGAUCCCGCGGCUAUCAACAUGAUCUCUCGGCUAAUAUUUCUCAAAACGGAAUUCUACAAACUCAAUCCUGGGAUUGGGGGAGAACCACUAUCUUUGCGCAAAAAAUGACAAGAAGCAUGUCGGCGGAGAGCGUGAGCAGGUAUGAAGGGUAUAUUGAUAAUAUUUUGCAGUUGCUUUGUGAGAAGUUGGAUGAGCUGGAGGAAGUGGAUCUCAUUGAAUAUGUGGCGAAAUGUGCAUGGUAUACGGUGGGGAAUAUAGUGUAUAGCUAUGAUGGAGAGUUUGGUAUGCUGCGCAAUAAUACGGAUUAUAAUGGAUGGAUAGGUAGUGUGAACAUAAUGCAGUGGCAGCCCAGCCAGCUAGGAUACCUGUUGCUCAGUGGGAAGACGAGAGAGGGAAUUACACUAUAUGAUAUCGUGCUGACAUUGAACGAGUUUGUGUGGGCGGGGAGCGAUGCGACUGGAAGUGUUUUCGGAAGGGUAAGCAAUUGUUCCUCUUGGCAUAUUGUAUGCAAUAAAAUCCUAUGGGAUCUCGACUCCGCUCCCCUUAUCGACGGAAAAACCAUCUACCAAGAAGCUUCCCGCCUCCCCUAUCUCUCAGCCUGCGUAUUGAAGCCACUACAUCGCCACGGCAUAAUUAGAAUUGGCCUGCCUCGCUAUAUCCUUACUUGCGGCACUCAGAUCUGUGGCCGCUGUUACCCAGCGGAUACAAAGUCCAGUUGCAGAGCAAUGUAA